AUGCGGUCAUUCGUUCCGGCCCUGACCUUUCUACUCGCUGGCUGUACGCUUGUCGCGGCUGACAUGCGCGAGAAAGUGGAUGUCGACCCUGAUGUCAACGUUGACGUCGAAGUAGAGGUCCUCGUAAGCCAUGAUGGGACUUGUGGCAAUGGCACAUCGUGCUAUGGCUCGCAAUUCGGUGGAUGCUGUGACGCAUCAGGCUGUUGUGGCUCGACGAAAACUCACUGCGGCUAUGGCUGCCAAUUAGGUCUGGGCUACUGUGAGUACACGGUAGGCGAAGUGUCGCCAGACGGAACUUGCGGAUCACUUGCCCGCCGACAAAACGCCACUCAACCCUUGCCGAGUCCUCCUAGCAUUCCAAAUAACAACGAAGCCAAUACGACACCCAAACCAACGCCAUCCGUUCCCAUUGUGGCCAUCACACCCAGCAUCAUUCCCAGCUCUGCCAACCCCGCGGCCUCGUCGAGUGCAUCUUCUUCGGCAUCCGUGGCAGCAUGCGCUGAAGCUUCUCCAAAACCGCAACCUGAUGCGAACCCCGUGUUCAAGCGCGAGGAGAUGGACCCCAAUUGCACUCCUUGUGAAGGACAAGGUGGUUCUCCGCCCUAUUGCGGUGCCGACCAUACCACCAACCACUACAAGUUUACACCAAAGACUUGCCGCACUAUUUACUACAAUCUCGACAUUACAAACAUGACAGUGGCGCCAGAUGGCUACUCGAGGAUCGCACUGACAGUCAAUGGGCAAAUGCCAGGACCAUUGAUCGAGGCCAACUGGGGAGACAACGUCGUCGUCACGGUGAACAACAAGCUCCAGGAUAACGGAACAAGCAUCCACUUCCACGGCAUCCGCCAACUGAACAAUACCGAAUACGACGGAGUCCCCUCCAUCACCCAAUGCCCCGUCGCCCCAGGUGACUCCAUCACCUACAAGUUCGUCGCCACAAACUACGGCACCUCCUGGUACCACAGCCACUACGCCAUCCAAGCCUGGGAAGGCGUUGCCGGGCCCAUGAUCAUCCACGGCCCCACCUCCGCCACCUGGGAUGAAGACCUAGGCACCGUGAUGCUGUCAGACUGGUCCCACCGCACCGUCGACUCCCUCUACGACAUGCGCCAAGACUCCGUCCACGGCGGACCCCUCAUCCUCGACAACGGCCUGCUCAACGGGAAAAACACGUGGGGCGUCGACGGCACCAACAACCAAACCGGCUCGCGCUUUGAAUUCGACAAGAAGUUUGAACCAGGCAAAACGUACCUCAUUCGCAUCAUCAACUCUGCCAUUCAGUCGACCUUUAAAUUCUACAUCGACGGCCAUGAUUUCGAAGUCAUUGCAAUGGACUUUACUAACAUCGUACCUUAUACAACAAACAUUGUCAAUAUCCAUAUCGGUCAGCGCUACAUGCUCCUCGUAAAGGCAAACGCCACACCAGGCAACUACUGGAUGCGCGCCGAUAACCAGCGUGCCUGUGCCGGACUCCGCCAAUCCGACGACAUCAGAGGUAUCGUCCGGUACGCGAAUGCAGGCAACGACACCGCAGUCCCCACCUCCACGGGCUACAACUACACAACCGAAUGCGUCGACGAGCCGCUGGCCUCACUCGUGCCCUCGGCGCCCCUCGACGCUUUUCCCCAGAUCGACGAGUUUACAGAGGACGUGACGUUUGGCGUGACUCCUGAAAAAAUGUUCCGCUGGUAUAUGUCCGGGACGACGUUUUUUUCGCGCUGGGAGGAUCCGACGCUGUUGCGUGUGCUGGGGAAUGAGACUGCGCCGACGUAUUCUGGGAAUUCGAUUUUGGAUUUGCCGAGGUUGGGGGAGUGGGUUUAUAUCAUUGUGCAGACGCCGGUUCCUGUGCCUCAUCCCAUUCAUUUACAUGGCCAUGACUUCUUCAUCCUCGGUUCCGGCCCAGGCCACUACACCGACCAACCGCUCAACCUACGCAACCCCCCACGCCGCGACACAGCCAACAUGCCCGCCGCCGGCUGGCUCGCACUCGCCUUUGAAACCGACAACCCGGGCACAUGGCUGAUGCACUGCCACAUUGGGUGGCAUACGAGCAUGGGAUUUGCACUGCAGAUCAUCGAGGGCAAGAGCCUGAUCAAGAGCACGGUCAAGGAUGAAUGCGGGUUGAGGGGGACGUGUAAGCGGUGGAGUGAGUGGGUGGAGAAGAGGAGCCAUAAGCAGCAUGAUUCGGGGGUUUAG